GACCACCAGUCGUUUGGAGGAACUCCUUUGGCCAUGUUGGCAGCACAGUGCAGCAAGAUCCCCAGUAAACCACCCCCAGUCCUGGCAGAAGGAACUACUGGGAAAUCAUUCAUGCCUUGGAAGAAGCAUUUCCAGAACUCUCCUUCUCCGGGACCCGCUCAUCACCACCACAUAUCAUCACAACAUGUAGGGGCAAUAAGUCACCCUCAUUUCCCGAUGUCCAACAGUUUAUCGUACCCUCGCGCCACAAUCGUCUCAUCCAGCCCACACACUUCAUAUGCAAACGAUCUGUUUUACACCGGACCAUGCUCCGCCUCUCACAUGCAUGGCGAAAACGGAAUAUGUAAUCCCGGUUUUGGAUCAGUGUAUUCUAGAGUGCCAUCGGUUUCUGGGGCCUAUGAGACUUCGUGGCCCUUUUCCAACAUUCCUACAACACACCCUGGUGCUACUCAAGGACUUAAGCAUAACGACAUGACCCAUGCAGUUAGCGGUGGUGGGGCGCCUUGGUGGGACGUCCACCCGGCUGGGAAUAUGCAUACAUCAGGGAGUAAUUGGUUGACUGAUUCAUCGACAUUACAUGGACAAAUUGCAGCUUCAUACCCGGGCCCGGACUACCAUAUAGGCCACCCGCUUGCCACCAACCCCGCGCUGUUGUCUUCGUCCCAGCAUUUACUCCAAGACACUUAUAAAUCUAUGCUACAACCCUCGCAGCAAGACAUUGCCCUCAAUAACAAUUCGGUCUCGCCGUUUCUGCCUCGGCCGCCUCUUCCAGGUUUGCCGAGUUCCAGAAAUUCUCGUCGCUACACAGGAAGAGCGACCUGCGACUGUCCCAACUGUCAUGAGAUUGACAGAUUAGGUCCCGCGGGAGAGCAUCUUAAGAAGCGAAACAUCCACUCGUGCCACAUCCCUGGCUGUGGCAAAGUCUACAACAAGACAUCACAUCUGAAAGCCCACCUCAGGUGGCACACUGGCGAGCGGCCGUUUGUUUGCAACUGGCUCUUCUGUGCCAAAAGGUUCACGCGAUCAGAUGAACUUCAGCGGCAUCUAAGGACCCACACCGGGGAGAAAAGAUUUGCCUGCCCUAAAUGUAACAAAAGGUUCAUGCGUAGCGAUCAUCUGAGCAAACACGUGAAGACGCACUCUCAGACCGACAAGAAAGAUGACAACGAUUGCAACGACGACGAGAGCAAAGUGGACACUUGA